GUAAAAGAAAUAGGCGCCCAGGUCGGUUUCCAAGCCGCCCUCACCUCAGCUGUAGCAGCUAUCGGCAAGCUCGUUGAGCCUAUUGUCGCCGAAGUUCGCAGUGGUUUUACCCUCCUUCAAACUGCAUCCACGCCUCACAUUCGGAAUCCUGAUCCUCGACCGGCUACUGGUAGACAGCGGAGGCGCGUAAUCGAGGAUUCGGCAUCUCAUGGUGUAAACAGAAUUGUAAACAGUCGCGGUAACAUCCUUUGUGCCGCGUCAUCGCCAAACGCAUACACCAAUACCACGAUUGCCGUCCAGCCGGCACCUACACAACCGCAUGAACUGGUGGGAACCGAUCCGUUAUCAUCACCGCUUCAAGCUGCACCUCGUGAGCCAUUCACAGAUAGGAUCUGGAUCCGCCUAUCCCGCUUAUCAACGGCCGUCACUGUGGAACAAGUGGUCGCUUCUGUAAAGCGUCGCUUAGCCACCAAUGACGUUGAGAGGCGAAAGAACUCCGCAGGAGCCAAAGCCUCUCUAAACCAUACUAACAACAACACCAAUGACGUUAUAGCGUAUUGCCUGCUGAGAAGAGGGGUUAGUGUGGACAGCAUGAAUUGGCUUUCAUUCAAAGUGAGAGUCCCGGCUAUCCUUCGAGAUGCGGCACUCACACCAUCCACUUGGCCCGUCGGUAUCGGUGUACGUGAGUUUUUUCCAUCCCGUCAACACGACCACCAAACCUCAUCUCCUAUAGCCACCCGAAACCGCUUUACAACACGCACACCAGCUACUAGUACUGAUCACCGCUACACCUCACGCACACCAACGACUCACCGUUUAGCAGCACGCACGUCUACUCCACCUGGUCCUGAAACAACAUCAUCACAACAGUGUCACCCCCCGGUGAAUGAUACCCUGGAAGCACCAAACUCAACACUUGUUUCUGGACCGCCCCAAAACCACCGCGCUUCAUCUCCGCACCUGCACCAGUCUACAAUCGAUCGCUUUUUUCUCAACUAGACGAAGUUCCGCUCAUUGCACGCAACAAACAUGCCAAGCCUCAUGCUCUGACAACGCAGCUCAAUUGACUUACCGUAUACCCGCUUUAUCCAACCUCUCGAGUAUAUUUGUGUGCGCGUCACCUGCAAUAACGC